CACCUAGUUCCUACAAAAACAACAGCUUUAAUAAUAUAAAAAUAGGCGUUCAGGGAUGAUUUGAGAUACUCAACACUAUUUGUCUCUAAAUUGAUAUUGAUAGUAAAUGGUUAUGCGUAACGCCCAGAUCUAGCAGCAGUAAUCCUGAACGAGUUAUGGGGAAAGUUGGCUGAUUCUUGAGGUGACUCGGGAUACGAUACUUUCGGGAAAACGCCUCCGCAGCCCUGAUAGGGAUACUGGAGAAUGGGUUCCCAUUUAAUAUAACCCAUCAGGGUUAACGACGGCAAAAAAAGCGCUGCGGUUCCAGUCUUCCUCAUUCUCGCGAUACACAAACACAGAAGUGAGCGACACCCAUACGGUGCGCACCACAUUGCGCACGGCCGCCGCGCACAUCUAGACCACCGGGUUUGAUUUAUUGGGCGCGUCACGUGUGAAUGGUAGAGCGCUUCAUGGUAGAUUGACUUUUACCGGCCCUGAAGUUUCAGAGGAAGGAGCAGUUUCUCUGAUCGGCAUGUCAGAGACGGAGUCAUCCCUCGAGCUGACCACAUCGCUGUCCGGAACGUUUCCGCAGCUCCGAUCUCGGAUCUUCAAAAUCAUAGUGAUUGGGGACUCCGGGGUGGGAAAGACUUGCCUCACCUACAGGCUGUGGACCGGCAGGUUCCCGGAGAAAACCGAGGCCACCAUCGGGGUCGAUUUUCGGGAGAAAGUGAUCGAAAUCGAAGGAGAGAAAAUCAGGAUCCAGCUGUGGGACACGGCAGGGCAGGAGCGUUUCCGGAAGAGCAUGGUGCAGCAUUAUUACCGCAACGCCCACGCCAUCUUCUUCGUCUAUGACGUCACCAAUGCCGCCAGCUUCCACAGUCUGCCCAUCUGGAUGGAGGAGUGUCGGCGGCACUCGCGGGGCCAGGAGGUUCCGCGCAUCCUCAUCGGGAACAAGCGGGACCUCCGCAGCUCCGCCCGCAUUAGCGCCGAGUUGGCCAGGAAGUUUGCAGAGGCUCAUCGCAUGCCCUUCUUCGAGACGUCAGCCAAGAGCCCACAGGACAGCGACCGCGUGGAGGCCAUCCUCAUAACGGUAGCGCAAGGACUCAAGAACCAGAAGCCAUUGUUGCUAAGCCAACUUUCUGCCAAACAGAGCAUCCCCCCAUCAAAGAGAGGCUCCUGUAGUUGUUGAAAAACAUAAGACUCUUCACCCUACUGUGAGAGACCAGCUGUUGCUUGCUCUUUAACUUCCUCCAAUCUGUUCUUCUUGGAAAAGCACCUUGGUGCUUUUCUUAGUGUUUACUUGUGCAACGAGCAGAUUGUUUAAACAGGCUCACCCUCAGGCUAAUGGUGAUUCGUUUGAUGGUUCCAACGACACUGAGGUGUCGGCGUGUCCCCCGCAGGAGUCAGCUACAGGUCACCGGCCUGGUAGGAGGUUUGUGAAACCAGGAUGCACAAGGACUUUAGGAGGAAGCCGCCUGCCUCCCGGUUCUGUCGGUUCUGGUAGCGAUCUGUACCAGCAGACGUGGAGAGUUCAGGUGCAGUAAGUACAAAUCCAGACCAAGAUUUGUUUUCAACCAACCAGUUGAGUGCUCUGUGACUAACUCGUUAUGCUCAACUGGUUGGUUGAAACAAAAUCUUGGUCUGGAUUUUUACUUACUGGACCUGAACCACCUCUUUGAAUCAGUAUGUCCUCUGGGCUCUGUGAGUGAUUGUUCCUUCUGCUCUAGGUCCAGUGUGAGAAGGUACCAUCCUCAAGCCAAAGCAUGAACAUUUGUGAGAUCAUUUAAGAUGGGGGGGGGGGGGGCAUAUGGCAGACUGUGAUUGGCUGGAGGAGACAUACUUAGGGAGCCAUGGUCAUUCAGUGCAGGUAGGAAGGAGGAUUGCUACUGUGCUGGCCUAGAAGGCUGCAUCGUAGACCAGAACUUGUGCUUGGGGUGAUUGCCUUGUACAGACUGGAAUCACUUCGUAGGUCUUCAGAGUCGCACUUAUUCUGUAACGGAUUUUAUUUACAGCUGGCACUAGGAAUAUUCCAGUAGAUUCUGGCUGUAAUGGUGCCAUUUAUUUUUUUGUACAUUAAGGCUGAGAAUUUAAUCAUGAGGUUGGAGAAACAAACAAAUACAGGUAAAACUUCAAGGCCAAAAAAAAACAAAUCGGGAUUUUGCAAGUUUUUGGGGGAAAUUUUUCAUUUAUGAUGGAGAUAAAAAUCCUAAUCGUCAUUUUCCUUUGCAUGAGGACCAAAAUGGUCAGAUGUUUACAUGGUGGCUCAGAAUUCUUUUUUUUUUUUGUAAAUGACUGCCUGCUGUAAAAAAAAAAAAAAGAAUAAACUACCAACAACGUGUUGUCUAUCUGGAACUGAUG